AUGUCGAGCUCAGAUGAGACCGCCACGAGGGUGCCGGUGGUGAUUGCGGGAUAUGCUGUCCCCAUCGCCGGCAUGGUGUUGACCACAGGUUUGCGACUGUUCGUCAAAUUCACCGGUCCAACAGAAGAUCGUUUUCAUGCAGAUGACUAUCUGAUCACUUUGGCCACGGUUCGCUGCCCCUUAUACCCCUUUGGGGACAAAACCAUGUUGGAGGUGGCAUACUGUAUCGUCAUGUUAGUAGUCGGCGUCGGUCAUGGAUUUGGUAAACACGCCGGUACCUUAUCAAUCCACGACUUGGAAAUUUUCCUGAAGGGUGACUAUAUCGCCAGCCACCUCUACAAUGUCGGACUCGCGAGUGUCAAGCUCGGCAUCCUCGCGUUAUACUACCGAAUCUUCACCGUCCCCUGGUUCCGCAAGAUCGUCAUGGGCUGUGCGGUCUUCGUCUGCCUGUGGAUCGCCACAAUUGAGAUAUUCAUGGGUCUGCUCUGUCGGCCGUUGAGGUCGUUUUGGAACGUCAGCAUCAAAGGCAAAUGCUUCAACUCAACUGCCUUGACAUACUAUAUCAACACAUCGAAUAUGAUCACCGAUAUUAUAAUAUUCACUUUGCCCAUUGGAGUGAUUCUGCGGCUCCGUACAAGUAAACAGAACAAGAUUGCGUUGUGCGUGAUCUUCUCCAUCGGUUUCGUAACCUGUGGAAUUAGUGCUGCGCGGCUCGCCUUCGUCUUCGCCCAAAGCUCGUCAGACAUCACCUGGGACGGAGUGGACCUUGCCGUUUUAUCUGGCUUCGAAUCUUUCGGGGGGAUUCUCUGCGCCAAUCUCCCCAUCAUCUACCGAUUGUUUAAACAAGCCGCCCAGAAAGUCAGCAGUGGAGGAUCGUCUGCUCCCAAAACCACCCGUGUGCAAUAUGGUCGCGAGUCGACCAACUACGGGUCCCGAUCCCGUCCUCGUCGAACUCGACUCAGCGAUACGCUCAAUGAGGAGUGGAUUCAGUUACAGAACGGGAACUCCUCCAAUGAAAGCCAUUAUCCGGAUGUGGAUUCGACGUCCGAGCUUGCCCUGCACAAGGGUGUGGAUAUGGAGACGGGGACGGAAUUGGUUCGUAUUUCAACCUCGACUCCACCAAGUAAUGCCAUCACUGUCCAGAGGGAGUUCCAUCAGACGGUGGAGACUCAUCAUGUAUAGAUGCUGUACCUGUAUAGCGGUCACUCGUUUGCGGUAUU